CCGCGAAGCUGUUAUGAGUGUUCGCAGUAGCGAGAGCCGAGUGAGGGGUAUCGCUAACCGCCUACCGAGUACCGAGUACCGCUCGCGGGCUCGCGGCUCGUCCCAGUUCCGUAAUACCCAGCCGUUGGAACAGUCGUGCGCCGCGUCAACAUUAUUUUAAAAACAGUUAUUAUUGUAACGUGUAAUUUGCGUGCGCAACGGAAAAAUCAUGUCAGCGUAGAGUUCCCAAUAGUUGGAUAUUUGACUAAAGUUAAGUUAUAGAGCCAAAUAUGGAUUUGACUGUGGACGAGUUCUUGGAAGGCCUCUUCUCUAAAGAGGCGCACGAUCGGCCAUCGGACGAGAAAAAUCCUGACGACUCCGAACUGACUCUACCGGUAUGGUUCGACAAGAAGAAAUACGAGCAGGGCCGGAGGUUCUUCUGGGACUUCUGUUUCACGCUGACGACUACGAUGAUGUGUGGGCUGAUAGCGGUGUUCGCGGUGCCAUCCAUCCUGAAGGUGCUGAUCGGUUCCCGGCGCUCCAGCUCGCCGUACACGGCCUACAAGCGCUACGUAUCCACCAUAUUGCACACCAUGUCGUGGUUUGAGCACGAGCUGUAUCCGGGCAGCACGUCCUGGAAAUCCUUAGCUACGGUUAGAAGUCGACAUUUCCGAGCUGGACAGUCUGCGAAGCUUAAGGGACAAGGGAUAGUCUCGCAGCGAGAUCUGGCGCUGACACAAUUUGGAUUUAUUGGAUUCUCCCUGCUCAAGUCCGACGAGUUCACUAUACGACAGCUGGAGCCUGGCGACUGGGAUGCCUAUCUGCAUUUCUGGAGAACCAUCGGACAUGCGAUCGGCAUAGAGGACAGAUACAAUAUCUGCCGUAAGACAGUCGAAGAAACGAGGCAGGUGUGCCAAGUGAUCUGCGACAGGGUAUACACUCCUUGCCUCACGGACGUGCCUGAGUACUUCGAGCACAUGGCCCGGGUGCUGCUCGAGGCCAUGACCUGCGUCAAUCCGACCAUCGACAUCGAGGCCAACCUCUUCCUCACCAGAUAUCUCGCCAACGUCCCCGGGUAUAUACUCACCGAGAGAGACAGAGUGGACAUUCAGAGACGUAUAGUCGAGAAAUCGCAACCCAAAACAGAAAACACCAGCGACUGUUGUGUGGAAGCGACCGAUGUGAUACAGCGGCCGCUGAUAGAGGUGCCGCACGCCAAGCCGCUGCUGCUGCACUGGCGCGACUUCGAGACCGUGGAAUCCUCCCCCGCCUACAAACGGCUCCCGGGGCCCUCCAGAUACAGGAUAAGUUUCGCCAGCAUCAUGAUCGCGAUACACUCCUGCUUCAUCGGCAGGAUAGUCAUGAACUGGAUCUACAGAUACUCCGUCUUCUUGAUCAAAUAUUUCCCGUACCUGGCGUUCUUUAAGUACGGCAUAAGGACGUCGUACGUGAACAUAUUCGUGGAGGACCCCACGGACGACACGGAGCUGAAGCCCAACUCGGCGUAUGCGACGCCGCAGUCGGCCUCAUGGUUCAGGACGAUAAUGAGCUCGUUUUGAGUUUAGUUCAUGCGAAAUGUUCGGGUACUCGCGGGUGUGUGGAUAUAUAAUAACGAAAUUCUACUUAUAAAA